AUGGCCGUAGAGAACAUGCCACCAUUUCCGGUUCCAAUCAAACUUACGUGUGAUAUAUAUAACUAUCAACAGUGGAAAUCUUUCUCUCUUUCAUAUUUUAACUACCACAAUCUUUCUGGAAUCAUUCAUGGAACAGAGCCUCGUCCAGGCCUAUUUGAGUCUACCCUUAGUAAUUGGUCGGGCAGAGUUCAAAAGGGUUUGAGUUGGUUCGACAGAGAUCAACAGGCUUUGAAGUGGAUGAGAGCCACUCUAUCUGGAAUUCUCCAACAAAUGGUCAUGGACGGAGCUGACUCUUCACGAAAGGUCUGGCAAAAUCUCGAGCAACACUUCGCCAAUCUCUCUCAUGCUAGCAUCUAUCAGCUUAAAUCCGAACUACACAAAGUGAAGAAAGAUCCCACCAUUCCGAUGGCUGACUAUCUGGAAAUAAUCAAACAGCUGGAGAUCGAUCUUGCAGCUGCCGGUGCUCCUCUGGAAUUUCCCGACCUAGUUCAUGUACACAUCCUGGCGGGAUUACCAGAGGAGUACAAUCCCUUUCGUGCAAGGAUAAACCACUCUCCAGUAAGUGGUUGGGAUGAGUUGUAUGACUUAUUGUUGAAGGAGGAAAUGCUUCUGGAUCCACAGCGCACGUUAAAACUUGGACAUGCUUCUUCUGCCUCUCCUCCUCAAGAAAAAGAAGAGUACGCAAUCGGGAUCGAUCUGGGGACAACGUAUUCCCGCGUAGCAGUGUGGCAGAAGGAUCAUGUAGAGGUUAUACUGAACGAUCACGGGAACAUGAAGACUGCAUCUUAUGUUGCCUUCACUGAAACUGAUGAGACUAAUUUGGUAGGUGAUGCAGCAUUUAACCAAGUCGUCAGAAACACAUCCAACUCCAUCUUUGAUACAAAGAGGUUAAUCGGUAGGAGAUUCAGUGACGCCUCUGUUCAAAGUGAUGUGAAGCUCUGGCCAUUCAAGGUCAUUGAAGGUCCAGGUGGCAAGCCCGUGAUUGUGGUCACCCACAAUGGCCAAGAGAAACAAUGUUCUGCUGAAGAUAUAUCAUCCAUGGUUCUGGUAAAGAUGAGGAAGAUUGCCGAGACCUACUUGGGCUCAACUGUGAAAAAUGCAGUUAUCACGGUCCCUGCUUACUUCAAUGACUCGCAGCGCCGAGCUACAAAAGAUGCGGGCAUGUCUGCUGGCCUAAACGUGUUGCGUAUUAUGAAUGAACCAAGUGCUGCUGCCAUUGAUUAUGGCCUUAACAAGAAGGCCAGUUGGAGUAGCCCGCGAAACGUGAUGAUAUUGAUUUGGGUGGUGGCACUUUAG